AUAACUCCAAGGCCGCUUCAGGAUACUUAGGUACUCGAGCGUUGUCAAACCUCUCUUUCAUCAAACACAGACAAAUCAACUUUCACUCCUAAACCACAAUGUCUCGUUCAAAAGCGCCCCUUGCCGUUGGCCUCGCAGCAGCGGGUGGUGUCGGAUACUACCUGUACUCGGCCGGUGGCUCACCACGGGCAGCCGAGAAGCAAUUCGAGAGUGAUGCGCACCACGUCGCGGCGAAGAUCAAGGGCGAGGUACCGCAGCGCUCGACAGACUUGGAGCGCGAAGGCCGCAGGGUCGGCAAGGAGAUUGGUGCCAGGGUCGACAAUGCCGUUGACACCGUCAACCGGGACGUCUCCAAGGCCAAGAGCGAGACUGAGUCCUACGCAAAGUCGGCAAAGGCCGACACCCUCAAGAAGAUCGACGAGUUUGACCGCAAGGUGGAGGAUGGCGCCUCCAAGAGCAAGAGCUAUGUGUCGUCGUGGUUUGGUAGCAAGUAAAGGGAUCAUGAUACGGUGACGACGGGGGCGACGGCGAAAGCAUUUUCUCUUUUGUCAGGUUUUUUUCUUCUUUUAAUUCAGCUGAGGGUCGGUUUCCUAAAGGAGUCUAUUGCGUCUUAAGGAUGAAUUAGCAAGCCAGGUUU